AUGUCGCUCAUUGGCGAUCAUGUCCGCCGCUUGGACGCCUACGUCGACCGGUUACAGCUGCGAGGCCUUGCGGAGGCCGGCGUCGAGACGAGCCAGCAGCGUGAGGCCGCAGCAGCCGGGACGAGAGAGGCUACUACGACGACGACGACCACCACCACCACCACCACCACACAGGAUGUGAGGAGGGCAGCGAGGAGGACGGGCAGGGCGCAGGAGGACCUGGGAUCAGUCCGUCCGCCGCUCCUUGCAGCUGCCAGAGCUCUUUCUGGGGGCCAUACGCUGAAGCCGGCCAGGGUGCUCGACCACCUACGCCGUGUCCAUCGCCUGCAGCAGGCCAUACAAACCGCCGAGACGAGGUACACCGAAUAUGAAGACAAAGACGCAGAAGAAGGAGACUACGAUGCACCGGCCAGAGAGUAUACUACGGGUCUGCUGUGGCUGGUGGCCUCCAAGGCUACGGUGCAGACGUUUGCCGCCGUCACGAGCUCGAUGGUCGACGAGACGGUCCCCCUCAGCGACGGCAUCUGGUACUGGGACGAGGUGCUUGGGUCGGCCUUCUACUCAGGCCUCUACACCCUCCAGACGGCGCCGGCACGCUGGGCGAGCUACCUGAUCAGCAUAUAUCGGAACAUCCGGCAGAUGGGCAGCAACGAUAAUGGUAAUAAUGCUCGUCAUGCUCGCAGGGGCAGCUCUGCGGAGGACCUUAGUGUUGGCAGCGGACUCCACGAUGGCACCACUUUGAUGGCACGAUGGCGGGCCUUCUACCGGCUUGUCCACCACAGCGUCAGAGCUCGUCCCGUCUCCAGCUCCCAGGCCAGAGAGCUCGUCCUCUCGCCCUUUCAAUUGGCCCGCUGCCGGGCUCGAGCUAGCCGCAGUGGCCUGCGCAGGCUGAGGGAGAUGACCGCCUGUGCCGUUGGCCUGCUCAUGGAGGAAGGUCUCCUCUUCGACGUGGCUGACGAGGACGAGGCCAUCACUCCUCCUGCUAUUAUCACUCCGGAUACAGGCCCUGGUGGUAGUGCUGCCCCGGAUCCAGCGCCUUCAUCGUCAAAGAAACAUGACAGCCCAGACGAAUGGCGGGAUCUCGUCUCGCGGACCACCGUGCUCAUGCAGACUGUCCUCCAGCACGUCAACAAUCUGGACACCGACCUGACCGGGUUCGAAGACAAUGUCUUUUCCACCGUCGGUAGCGGGAUACGCGCCAUGGAGGAGUCGCUGGUGACUAUUGACGAAACUGCUGGGACAGGCCGCUCUCCCAGCCCAACCGACCAGGCCUACCUGGUCAUCCAACUGCUCAUCGACGUGCUUGAGCACCAUCUCCCUCAUCAGCAAGAGCAGAGCCGCCUGCUCGCCUGCAACUAUGCCCGCCCCUCAAGACUGGUGCGCUACUGGCCUGCUGCAUUGGCGCUCCUCCUCUCCUCCAGCACCGUGCUGAACAUCCUCACCAGCAGACAGGCAGAGCUGCUCACCUGGCUGCGCGAGCUUGGGUCGACCGUGUCCGACUUUUGGACAAACUGGAUCAUCGAGCCCCUGACCAGGCUGGUGGGCACUAUCCGGCACGACGAGAAGAGCGAGGUUGCCCUCAUGAGCAAGAACAGCCUCGACGCCGACUUCUCCAGCCUCGAGCGCAUGGUCGUCGACUUUGUCCGCACCCGCCCGUCCCAGGACCUUGGCCUCUCCGGCCACCCCGAUGCUCUCGACCUCAUCCGCCAGGGCGUGCGGCAGGGCGACCUGACCCCCGUCCUGCGAGCGUACGAACGGGACCUGCAGCGGCCCUUCAUCGGUGCCAUCCGCGGCGACCUCGUCACUGCCUUGCUCAUCCAGAUCCAGAAGACCAAAGUCGACGUCGAGGUGGCCAUCAGCGGCAUAAACUCCAUCCUCAAGAGCCAGGAGCUUGUUUUUGCCUUCAUCGGACUUACUCCCAGCAUCCUGGUGUCCUAUGCAACCGUACAGUGGGCUGCAGGCCUCCUCGGCAGCAGGAGAGGCCUACGACAGGGCCAACGACGCAGCGAAAUCGUCCGUUCUCUCCGCACCGUCAACCGGAUCCUGAUGAGCUCUCUCCCCUCGCAAACGGGAGUCCUCUCGUACAAGGACCACGGUCUCCUGAUAUGCGAGGCCGAGACACUGCGACGAAGAGCCGAGCGAGUCCUCCCAGGAGCCAUCUACCAUGAGUUCCACGAGGACCUGAACGACCUGCUGAACGUGAGAGCUGGCAUCGCCCACCAGAUGAAAGUUGUCGACCAGAUCAGAUGGACAUAUUCCAAAUGGAUCUACUCAUUCUCUGCCCUUUCUCCUGCCUCUGUACAAAAGGUCGAAACGCUGACUUCAUCUUUCGACCGCCAGCAACAACUCGCCAGCCACGCCGACAUCACGCAGCCGACAGACAGAGACGCGGGAAACGAGCAGACAGAGACAGGUAGAGGACGCCCCGGGCUGCCCGUUGGACUUCGCUGCCCCUUGCUGACACACGCCGUCUCACAGCUUUCACGCCAUCGAAACGCACCGGAGAUUAGCCAUCCUCCUGCACAGCAUCCAGACGGACAGACAGACAGACAGACAGACAGAGGAGAACAGGGCAACAGUGACAGCCAGAAGAGACAGAUAAACAGCCCUCGCAGCCUCUCCGUCUCGCCGUUGUUUCUCCCAGACUCGAUUCACCCUGGCCUUGGUUCUCGCCUGGACGGACCUAUCGCAUCUCGAAAACAUAGCAGCGUCACUCGCAGAGCAGCCGCCUCUACGCCAGCCAACACCGCGGCCAGUGAUACAGCAUCGCUCGCCAGCCAGCUCUUUUUCUAUCGACGGGGCCUUCCACGCUGUCCCCAGACUUCCUAUCGGCCCUGUGAAUCUUCGACAGACCGCCCUGCACCCUCUCACAGCUUGACACGGCAUCGAUCGAGAGAGAGUACCUGGUUCCUUGUGCUGACAUUCACUCUCCAGAUCAAACUCCUGCUCAUCGGAGACUCUGGCGUGGGCAAGUCCUGCUGCCUGCUUCGUUUCAGCGAAGACUCCUUCACCCCAUCCUUCAUCACCACCAUCGGCAUCGACUUCAAGAUCAGAACAAUAAACCUCGACGGCAAGCGAGUAAAGCUGCAGAUAUGGGAUACCGCAGGACAGGAGAGAUUCCGAACUAUCACUACUGCUUACUACCGCAAUGCCAUGGGCAUCCUACUUGUCUAUGAUGUCACUGACGAGCGAUCAUUUAAGAACAUCCGAACUUGGUUCUCGAACGUUGAACAACAUGCUAGCGAGGGAGUACACAAGAUACUAAUCGGUAACAAAUGCGACGGAGAAGAGAAACGCGCCGUAACGGUUGAGCAGGGCCAGCAGCUCGCCAAUGAGCUCGGCAUCCCGUUCCUCGAGGUCUCUGCCAAAAACAACAUCAACGUCGACAAGGCCUUCUACAGCCUCGCCACCGAAAUAAAGAAGGACAUGGAUGUCUCCAAGGCGGAACAGGCUGGCUCCCAGGGCGUCAACAUAGACAACCAGAACGGUGGCGCCGGCGGCUCUCUCGGGAAGUCAUGUUGCUAG